GCCGAUACGUUCGCAGCACGCCGAUGCACGACGGCAGCCAGACAUUCACCCUCCAGCAUAUGCAGCCUAGGCCCCAGCAACUGUUGGCCAUGUACGGCAUUCCGGCAUUGUGGACUGCAACUGCAGGAGGGACCGUCAAACUCCUCCGACUCGCUCAUAGUUCACAUCAGGAGAACCAAGGUGAUGAACCCCUUGAAGACCCUGACGAAGGUACCCUCGAAGCGCCCCCCAAUCCGUUAGAUGAUCCCGCAGACUCUCUUCUUGAGGGCUCGAUGCUGGAAGGAGAUGGCCAGACCAUACAACCCGAUCAUACCUGUUCAGAGGCAUUUUCAUCGGGAGCAGAUUACCUAGACGCGCUCUCUCUCAGAUAUAGAGAAGGCUACAGUGUCUACGAUUGGGACUACGAGCCUUGCGAGGCCUGUAUCUGGGAAGCAAAGUCACUGGCUGAAUCAGACACCAAGCCCGAAGCUUCUGCACUUCAGCUUGGGACCGGCGAAGCUCCUCCGGAGCCCUAUUCCGGUUAUGAGUCAUGUCGUCUAGCUGUCGAAGCACAUCAAGCCCUCGAUUCCUUCCGGUCACCUACCAUGCCGCCGCCACCGCAGCCACGCCUGAGUGGACUACGAGAAUCCGACGACAAGAGCCCGGAUUACGCCUUCCAGUCGUCUCCGGCGUAUACCUAGACGUGCCCUACGGGUAUUCCCAAAGGGAAAUACAAGACAUCCGCAGAGGUCUCCAAGAUGCUCAAGAACAAAGGGGGCUUUCUCGAGGCCUUGAAAAGGGGAGAUCGGGACUUGGCGAUACCCAAGAAGCAGGGUGCCGACGCGGAGUCCGAUGGGCAGGAGAAGAAGUAGGCGGCCAUUUCUUGAUCUAGCGUUCAUGGAGAUUGUAGUCAAUCGAAGAUACUCAUGCAACCUUGAACUCUACAGUGGCAUGUGACA